UAUCCAACAGGCGCAUUUGACGUUGAUUCGGGAGGGUUGGGAGACUUCUGUGAAAAGAUGGCAGCUUCCUUUUGUUUGUGGGGAUUUGCUGGAGUCCGGGUGAGGAUUUAAAUGCAGAUUUAGUUUAAAGCUCCCGUCCGGUUGGCUUCCUCUGGGCUCCAAAAGGAGAACAUGGAGAAGAGCGGUAGCUUCGAGAGCCUCGGCUCGAAGCCGUCCUCGUCCCGACAACCAAGUGUUGAUUCACUGUCCAGUGCUUCCACCUCUGACCGGUCUGCCCUGGCGAAGCCUCCUUCUGCUUUGUCCUCUGACUCCAUGUCCACUUCCACAGAGUUUUCUCCAGAGCUCAGGGUCAAACCUAAAUCAACUGCCAAGGUUAUCCUUAGAAACUCAGACAAAGAGGAACCACAGGUGCUUCCAAAUGAAACUGAGCAAGAAAAAGCUCAAGAUGCGACCUAUCUCUGCCCUAUCGCUGGUGCACUGCAGGGAACGGUGAUGCUCACCAACUACAGGCUCUUCUUUAAAUCGACAGACAGGGAGCCAGCGUUUAUGUUGGAUAUGCCGCUCGGAGUGGUGAGGCGUGUGGACAUCUAUCGAACUCAACGAGAAGUGUCCUAUACAAUCAUUUGCAAGGAUACACGCAAUUUGCAAUUCUUACAGAAACACCGAAUGGAUCCACUCAAGAAGUCAAUUUUUGAUGUGAUGCCAAAAUUUGCAUUUCCUGUUUCUAACGGACUGCAACUCUUUGCUUUUCACUACGAUCAACCGUUUCCAGAAAACGGAUGGAAAGUGUACGAUGCGCUCGCAGAGUACAAAAGACAGGGCAUACCCAAUGAAAGCUGGAGGAUAACAAAAGUCAACGAUCGCUACGAGCUCUGUGAAACCUACCCUGCAGCUCUGGUGGUGCCAGUCAACAUACCUGAUGACGAGCUGAAGAAGGUGGCUGCCUUCAGAGGAAAAGGGAGAAUACCUGUGUUGUCGUGGAUUCAUCCUGAGAGUCAAGCUACAGUGACACGCUGCAGUCAGCCAAUGGUCGGAGUGAAUGGGAAACGCAGCAAAGAAGAUGAGAAGUACCUCCAGGCCAUCAUGGAUGCCAAUGCUCAGUCCCAUAAACUCUUCAUUUUUGAUGCUAGACCGAACGUCAGCGCAGUGGCCAACAAGAUGAAAGGGGGUGGAUUUGAAAGUGAGGAUGCGUAUCAGAAUGCUGAGCUGGUGUUCUUGGACAUUCACAACAUCCAUGUGAUGAGAGAGUCUCUCCGGAAGGUGAAGGAAGCCAUCUAUCCCAGCAUUGACGACGCCCAUUGGCUUUCAAAUUUGGAGUCCACUCACUGGCUGGAGCACAUCAAGUUGAUCUUAGCAGGAGCUUUGAGGAUUGCAGACAAAGUGGAGUCUGGGAAGACGUCUGUAGUGGUGCACUGUAGCGACGGCUGGGACCGCACGACUCAGCUCACCUCGUUGUCCAUGCUCAUGCUGGACGGGUACUACCGCACCAUUCGGGGCUUUGAAAUUCUGAUUGAGAAAGAGUGGCUGAGUUUCGGACAUCGCUUCCAACAACGUAUCGGUCAUGGCGAUAAAAACUACACAGAUGCAGAACGUUCUCCUGUUUUUGUCCAGUUCGUUGACUGUGUCUGGCAAUUGACUCGCCAGUUUCCGUCAGCUUUUGAGUUUAACGAAUACUUCCUGAUAACCAUCCUGGAACACUUGUUCACCUGCCUUUUUGGGACCUUCCUGUGCAACUGUGAGCAGCAAAGGUUAAAAGAAGAAAUUCCCAAAAAAACAGUCUCGCUAUGGUCCUACAUCAACAGCCAGCUGGAGGAAUUUACCAAUCCUUUUUAUGUGAACUACUCCAACCACGUGCUGUUCCCUGUGGUCAGCUUACGCCACCUGGAGCUGUGGACUAGCUAUUACAUCCGCUGGAACCCCAGCAUGAGACUCCAGGAAUCGGUUCAUCAGCGCUACAAGGAGCUGCUGGCGAAGCGCGCCGAACUCCAGAAACGAGUUGACGAGUUGAAACGCGAGACAGCAAACCACUCUGCUUCGUCUUCCUCCGAGCGCCCGAGCUCCCCAACACGCUCCGUCACUCCAGUGCAAACCUUCGUUUGACAUCCCUUGAUCAUGUGAUCGUCACACAAUCUGAGUUUACUCUUUGAGAGAAGGGCCAACCAAGCAGGAGUAAUCGUUAAGGCUACACCAGGAUCCAUUAAAGGCCAAACUGGAUAAGUCUGAAUGAGCAGAGAGAUGUCUGCGUUUCAGAGCACACAGGAAUAAGGCCAUACUAUACUACAUCCAAAGUAUACAGAUAUUUAAGCAGAAUAAAUGAGGGCUGUGUAGCAUAAUAGAGCUAACUCACUAUCAGUGGUUUUAAGUACAUAUAACCCAGAUUAAAUGCAUAUGUCAAAUAGAAAUUACAACAGCUAAAGUACUAGUAAACAUAAUUAUGCAAAUUCCAGGAACACUAGUGUUUUUUCCAAGCAAACUUUUUUUACUGUCUUAUAUUAACUAUAAAUGUCUCUCAUAUGAUAUAUUUUUCCUAUAUCAAAAAUAGCAAUAGAAUGCUCAUGGUGAGGAAGCCAUGUCUUCACAAGUCAAUCCUUUUAGACUUAUUGUAAACCAGCAUCAACAUAAUUUCUGUGUGACAUUCCUUUCAUUUUAUGUGAUUUACAGUUUGUAAUGUUUUUUUUUAAGGAGUAAACCUUAUUUAUUACUAUUUUCUGUGUUUUCAUCUCAUUGGAAAUGUAGACGUCUCCACACAAGCUGCAAAAACUACCAAGAAUAUGCAAUGUGUUAUUCACUCUUUGUAGAAAAUACUGCUAGUAUUGCAAUAUUUGAUCUAUUCCAGUUAUUGUGUGCCUUUGCUGAAUGAGCAGAGGCAACAGAAGAGUCGAGUGAGGUUGUGUUUUAAUAAGUGCACUGUUAGCCUUUAGCCUCUCCACUGUAUCCGAAUGUUAAGCAUUCAAGCCAAUAGAAGUGAUUGUUUGGUUUGUUUUUGAUUGAAAGAAACUAUUUCUUCCUUCUGAGAUAGACUUGUUACUGUUUUUCUGUUUUUUCUAACCAACCCAGAUCACUUAACUAUUGUAAUAAUUUUGCUGCAAUUUGAGUGCCUUUUAGGAAAAUGAAAAAAUAACAAAUAUAAACUUUAAAAUAUCCUGUGUUUGUAGCACUGCCUCAAAACUCUAAUCAUUUUCUUAGCAAAGCUAUUUAUACACUGUGGCUUUUAAAUGCAAUGUGACUGGUAAGAGUCUGGUUAUCCCUCUUGCUUUUGUAAUAAAUGUAUACUUUGCUAA